CAUCAAUCAUUAUUUUACAAGCCGAGAAGACGAUCUGGAUAGCUAAAACCUAGCUGGACGAUUAUUAUUAUUUUCUUUUUAAUUAAGAGGAAAUCAAAAUUUAUAUAUAAAACCUUCUCUGAAAUUAUCAUCAUCUUCGUACGAAGAUCGAGUAUCGUCUAGGAAGGAUGGGGCGUGUGGAUUAUCUGGCGAUGAAGACAGACGUGGAUAAGGUGGCUUUAGUCAAUUCCGACGUGGAGGAGCUCAAGAUCGCUGCCAAGAAACUCCUCACGGACGUUUCGAAACUUGGUGGUUUAGCCUUUGGCGUCUCUUUCGUCAAAUGGAUCGCUUCUUUCUCCGCCAUUUACUUGUUGAUAUUGGAUCGUACCAAUUGGAGAACCAAGAUGCUUACUUCACUCUUGAUUCCAUACAUCUUCCUCACCCUUCCUGGUGUCAUUUUUAAUUUCCUCAGUGGAGACGUUGGGAAAUGGAUAGCUUUCGUUGCAGUUGUACUCAGACUUUUCUUCCCUAAGCAUUUCCCAGAUUGGCUUGAGAUGCCUGGCUCUCUGAUCCUUCUGCUGGUAGUUUCUCCACACUUCCUUGGUCACCAUAUACGCGGAGGCUGGAUUGGCUCUGUCAUCAGCCUUUUCAUUGGUUGUUACCUUCUUCAAGAACAUAUUCGAGUGUCAGGUGGAUUCAGGAACUCGUUCACGCAGCCCCGUGGAGUUUCAAACACUUUGGGGAUCAUCCUUCUUCUUGUCUACCCUGUUUGGGCUCUAAUCAUCCGUGUCUCAUAAUCACCACCAUUCAACUUCCCAUCUCCAAGUUGUGUCCAAUAAACUUUCAAUCGAUAGCAAGAACCUCGGACAUCUUUGGUGUUCCUUUGUUCUUGCUUCUGUUACAUACCCAAAUACUUAGUGCGUGAAGCUCAAUCAAUGUUCUACAUAAAAAAAAAAAGAAUCACAUUAUUUUUCCAACUGUUUGUUUGUCUCUGUUGUAAUAAGACGAACUUCUAUGUGUAAAAAUUGCUUGUAAUGGAUUCUGUUUCGUAUGGAAUGUUUGUCGUUCGGAUA